UAUAUACUCUGAGCUUCCAACCCCGUUCUCAUUAUUUUUCUCUCCCCUUCUCGCUCUCAUUUCAGUCGGUGAUACCUCAGCGAUGGCUCUGCAAUUAUGGGAGACUCUGAAGGAGGCGAUUACAGCCUACACGGGUCUCUCCCCGGCGACCUUCUUCACUGUCCUGGCCCUCCUUUGGGCCAUAUACUACGUCGUAACUGGUCUCUUCGGUUCGUCCGGUGCUCCUACUCAGCGGUCCAGGGACUUUGAGGAGAUGGAGCCGCUUCCUCCUCCAGUCCAGCUUGGCGAGGUCACCGAGGAGGAGCUCAAGCAGUACGAUGGGUCGGAUCCUAAUAAGCCCCUCCUCAUGGCCAUCAAGAGUCAGAUCUAUGAUGUUUCACCAAGCAGAAUGUUUUAUGGACCUGGUGGGCCUUAUGCAUUGUUCGCUGGGAAGGAUGCUAGCAGAGCUCUUGCAAAGAUGUCCUUUGAAGACAAAGAUUUAACUGGAGAUAUAUCUGGUCUUGGCCCAUUUGAAUUGGAAGCCUUGCAGGAUUGGGAGUACAAGUUCAUGGGCAAGUAUGUGAAGGUUGGAACUAUUAAGAAAACCGUUCCAGUAAGCGAGGGGGAUGCCAGUGGUGAAGCCAUAGAAGCUAAAGAAAAUGAGCCUGCAAAGCCUGCUGAGGACAGCCCAUCAGAGAGUAUUGCUGCUGGAUCAGAGCAAACCCCUUCAGUUGCUGGAACUCAGAAAGAGUGAUGAUGUCUGGCAGAGGAGUUGCUGUCAGGACUUGGCAAUAAGAGUUUCAAUUGGAGAUGCCAAGAGGGAUAGAGUGCUGUUGUUUGAGUGCUUGUAUCUUAUUAAUCUUAUUUCAGUAUAAGCUUUCUUUCUAGUUCAAAAUAGGUAUGUAUCAAACUUGUUCAUUUCGUCAAAAAUAAAUUGGGAAUGAUAAAAGUUAGAACUUUAUGGAUUCAGUUGCACUGCUGUAUGACUAUCUGGUGUACGUCACCAUGAAUAUCCAAAUUUGUGCCAGAGUUUCCUUGGGCACAAUUGAAAGUUGACAUGAUUAUGUUCUGCUGCUUAGGAUAAAUGCAAUAUUUAAGG